AUGAUUGAAAAGCUAACGGCCAACAGAUCCAAGCAACGAAUCUUUGUCUACUCGGGGGUACUCAUAUGGUUGGUCAUUAUCAACAUUUGGCUAUUCUACACCUACCACUCGAGAGCAACAGUGGGCAACUACGACGCGUCAAACUUUGACCAACCAUCGAUAUACGACCAAUACGACCCAUCCAAUGCCGACGCCGAAGACUCACAGAACGCAGAAGGCGACGAAAAAAGCGACAGCGACGCGGCGGAUUUGAAACCACCCAAAAUCAAGUCCCUCAAGGAUGACAUCACCGUCAAGCUACUCCAAAAGCAACAAAGCAAGGCUAAAGACGUGAGAGGCGUCGAUGCGCAUGCACGUAUUUAUGACAUAAUCUUUCAAAACCACGAAAUCGACUCCAUCUUUGGCAAUUUGGAUUUCGAACAGCGUUGCGACUUGUUUUUCCAAAACUUGUUUAUGGAUGACAAGAAUUGGAUAUUCCAGAUUAACGAAGUGGCGUUUUUGGAAAACAAGGAAGAAUUUAGGUAUAACGACUACAGGAAACAUUAUUAUGAACAGCUCAAAAAUGAAUACAGCGACUUUAACCAUCGCGAUCCAGCAUCGUUGGAUAAUACACCAGAGCUCGAAGAAUUCAUUAGGCACAGGUACGACGAAUUCUGGAACAGAAUGAUGGUCUCUGAACAGAAAAUUGUUGACCAGCUUUCCAUUUUCCGCGUCUUCAACAAGUGCUACCUCACCAGUGACAAUACUACUCAAAUCAAACGCACUGAGGAGUUCAUCAACAGCCAGCAUAAACUCAUUAACGGAAUCAGUCAAGCUUCUAAAAAGAGCAAAGGUGUGGCCCCUUUCCAAUACACCAAGCAAGAGAGUCUCAUCAAUUUCAAAACCAUUAAACAUUCAGCUUUCGAGCAUCGAGUCUACCCUUGGCUAUCACUCGAGUAUCCAAUUUUCGAAAGAUAUACCGGUCAAGUCCUUUACAAACCCCCAAUCAUGUCUGAGUAUGUCAAUGACGAAGCGCAAAAGACAAGCAAGCAUUUCAAAGAUGGCAAGGACUUUGAUUUCUUUCUUCGAAGAUUCAAAAACCUGUGCAACGGUAAAGGGAUAGUCUUGUCUAUUGGCGAUAAACACGUUGAGGAUACAGUUAGACUCAUGCACUUGCUACGCGCUUUAAACAAUAAAUUCCCCAUUCAGAUUGUCUACUACGAUGAUCUUUCGCCAAAGACCAAAAAAAGAAUUGUCACCGCGGCGCGUGAACCCAUGGCGGUCUUGCCCAAGUCUUUUGAAAAAGUGAGUGCGUUUUUCCCCGACGAUUACAUCUCGCCCGAUGGCGGCUUGCCCAAGCAAGAGAUAUGGUUCGUCAACACUUAUAACGUGAUUCACCACGACUUCAAGGAAAAAUUCAAAGGAUACGCCAACAAGUUCCUUGCCACUGUUUUCAACUCCUUUGACGAGUUCAUGUUGAUCGAUGCCGACACCGUCAUGUUUCAAAACCCAGAAUACUUUUUCAAUCUUCAAGGCUAUAAGGAUACUGGUACUUAUUUCUACAAAGACCGUUCAACCCUUGAACACCGACCCGAUUCCGAUGCCAAGUUUUUCAAAAAGAUUGGUCCUUCAAUCAUCGACUCUGUCAUGUUUGAUAUCCCAAUAAUGACCAAGCAUAGCGUUGAUAAUGAGUUUAUGCGCGGCUUGUACCAUUUCCAAGAAUCCGGGGUGGUGAUGCUCAAUAGGAAAAUCAACUUUAACGCCAUUUUAAUGAUGCUACAACUUAAUUUCUACGAGCCCAUCAAUGGUAGAGUCCACGGCGACAAGGAGCUUUUCUGGCUCGGAUUAGCCGUUAGUGGCAAUGACAACUAUGUAUUCAACGAAAACCAUGCUGCUGCCGUGGGCAAAGUCACCCCACCAACUGAGCGCUCGCGACCCGAUGGAUCAACCCACGCGUCGGCCGAGCUUUGUUCAUGCCACCCGGGCCACAUUUCAACCGAAGAUAGCGCCCUUGUAUGGAUGAACUCUGGCUUUUUCUACUGUUCAAAAGCACCCAAAUUGGAUUUUGAUAAAGAAGCCAGCCAUCAAUCGCGUUUGAAGUUUUUGAAAACCGCUGAGCAGUUCAAGACUUUUUACUAUGCCCCCUUGCGUAUCGAGAGCGCCAUUGUUCCACCACUAGAUAUCGGAUUCUGGGCCUCGAACAAAGAGGACGAACCCAAGCGUGGCUGGUUUAUGGACCCGAGAUACUGUGCUGGAUACAUGUGGUGUGCCUAUUCGCUGAUUGGCGGUCUCAAGGACGAUGGCGAGCUGAAUCGGAGACAGGGAAGAUUGAUUGAUUUCAGUGACAAGGAGCGCAAUUUAUUUACUUAUUAUGGCGAUAUCUGGAUCGGGCUGGAGUGA